CCGGCUCAACUGCGACCGGCUCAACUGCGACCGGGUCAACUGCAUCCGGUUCAACCGCGACCGGCUCAACCGCGACUGGCUCAACCACGACAGUCUCAACCGGCUCAAGUUCGACCGGCUCUACUGCUACUGGUUUGACGGCCGCUGGCUCUACUGCAGCUGGCUCUACGUCCGCUGCUGGCUCUACUGCAGCUGGCUCCACUGCCACUUCUGGCUCUACGGCCGCAGGUUUUAUUACCACUACGCCUACCGCUACUUCUGCUGCAGCAGGAGCAACGACUGCUGCCGGAGGAACAACCACUUCUGGCGGGGCCACUACCGCUGCCGGAGCCAUGACCUCUGCUAGUGGGGCAACAACCGCUGGUGGUGGAGCAACAACAGCUGCUGGUGGAGCAACAACCACUGCCGGUGGUGCUACGACUGCAGUGGGAACGACCACUUCAUCGUCCUCUACAAGUUCUACAUCCACUUCAACAUCAACAACAACUACUACAACUACCCGGCCAUUAGUUAUUCCAAGAUGUGCGCAAAUAAAUGGGAAUGUACUCGCCAAAUGCUGCACUCCUAUUGCACCACAGUUGCUUGGUUUCAGUAGAAGUGAGGUCAGAACCUGCAAAUCGUCGAGAUUGAAAAUGAACGCUUUCAAUGUGUUGACACUGACCAAGCAACAAAAAACUAAUAAUAGUCCCGUUAAUUCCAUCAAUUUUAAUAGCCAGUCAGUUAUAAGGGCUCUGGGAAGUUCAGCUUGCAUCGUGAAUUGUGUUCUUGGAUCAAGGGGUGCUUAUGCAGCUGGAGUUCUGGAUUCAGCCAAGUUAACCGCUCUUUUGACAGCAUCUAAUAGUCCAACGUGGACUCCUAUCAUAACUGAUGCAGUGACAAAAUGUGUCUCAACUGUUGGUGCUCUCAGCAUACCGAAUUUUGUAAAUGGACGACAAGUUUGCGUUGGAAAAUACUUCAUUAUCAUGCAAUGUAUUCUGUCCGAAAUGAUUGCCAAAUGUCCAACUAGAGGAACAACUAGAAAUUGCAGAAAUCAAUACUCAAUAUUUAAUGGCUGCUAUGGCAGUCUCUUUACUCACGCUGUCUGGAAGCAGGUUGGUGUUGACAAAAAGAAGAAGAACAAGGUAAAGAUUGUAAAGGAAAUAAAGAAGGUGGACGAAGGUGACAAAGAAUCCGUUGUAAAUAACGGUGAGAAGUUAAAUAAAAACAAGAAGAAGAAAGUCAAGAAGGUGAAAAAGGUAAAGAAAGAGAAGGGAGAAAUCAAAGAUCAAUUAGGACAAAAGGAGGGCGAAAAAAAAGUGAAGAAUGAAAAGAAUAAGAAAAUAAAGGAAAAGAAGAAGGAAGUUCAAAAACUCAAACAAGAAAGCGCAGCAAACGGAACCAAAAAGAAAGAGAAAAAAGAAAAAAAGAAACCGAUUGGCGGAAACGGUAUCAAGAAGCAGGAGAAACAAAAACAGAUUGGUGAAAAUCAAAUUAAAAAGGUUAAGAAAGUGAGAAAAGAAAAGAAGGAGAAGAAUAAAAAGCAACAGAUUGUCGAAAGUGGUAUGAAAAAAGCUAAAAAAGAAAAGAAGGCGAAGAAACAGAAUGAAGUAAAUGGAGUUAAAAAGUUUAAAAAGAGAAGGAAAAAUCAGGAGAAUGGUACGAAAAGAGAAAAGAAAGAGAAGAACGGAAAACUUGGAAAAGAGGAAGGGAUGAAGGGAAAGGGGAAAAAAGCCAAGAAGCAAAAUGGAGAAGAUAGAGAAAAGGACGUUAAAAAUUUAAAAAAGACAAAGAAGACACUGACGCAAAAACAAGAGAACGUAGAAAAUGGAGACAAGAAUAUUAAAAAGGUAAAGAAGCAAAAGAAAGUCAAGAAGCAAAAUGGCGUAGAUGGAGGAAAGGAUAUUACAAAGGUUAAGAAGGCGCAGACUGAAAAACAAGAGAACGGGAAAAAUGGAAUUAAAAUGGGAAAAAAAUCCAAAAAACCAAAGGAUGGAAAUGGAGACAAGAAUAUUGAAAAGGUAAAGAAGCAAAAGAAAGCCAAGAAGCAAAAUGGCGUAGAUGCUGGAGAAAAGGAUGUUACAAAGGUUCAGAAGGCGCAGACUGAAAAACAAGAGAACGGGAAAAAUGGAAUUAAAUUGGGAAAAAAAGCCAAAAAACCAAAGGAUGGAAACGGAGACAAGAAUAUCAAAAAGGUAAAGAAGCAAAAGAAAGCCAAGAAGCAAAAUGGCGUAGAUGGAGAAAAGGAUGUAACAAAGGUACAAAAGGUAAAAAAGGCGCAAACGGAAAAACAAGAAAAAGGAUAUAAGGGAAUUAAAAAGGAAAAGAAAGCCAAGAAACAAAAGGGACAGAAGGGAGAAAACGAUAUUAAAAAGAAGAAGAAAGCCAAGAAGCAAAUUCAGACGACAUGGAACAAUGGAACGAAAAUUGAAUCGGAGAAUAAUAAAAAAAUGUCAAAAGAUGACGGUAAAAAGUUAAAAAAGCAAAAGGAAAACAUCGAACAAGACAUUAAUGAAGGGGGGAAAACUAAAAGGAAGAAUACAAAACAAGGAAAUGAAAUAAAAAAUGUUGAGAAUCGAGGAACUAGACUGAAAAAGCAAAAGAUUGAUACUAAAGAAAAAGAAGGUAAUCUUGGCGCCAAUAAGACGAAAGAUGCAUAAUCAGAUUCAUCUGAGGUCAUUUCAACGCACCAAAUUUAAUUCGCUUAUAAUCCUUCUAUUUGUACGGUAUAAUCGCUAUCAGAGACUAAUUUGUUGAACUUAUAUAAUAAACAUUUUAGAAUCAAA